UACCUCCCCUCUCCUUGUAUUCCAAAAUCAUCAUAGAAAGAAAAAAAACAAUUUUCAAUCUGAAUAGGAAAAAAGAAGAUGGACAUGUCAAUGUUGAGGAAGUACUUGUUUCAAAUCCGGUUUGUGUUUCUAAUCACAUUCUCUAUUGUUUGUGUGUCAUUACUUUUUCUAAAUUAUUCUUAUUUGGCUAGCAAUGAUAGUGAAAUCACAUUCUUAUUUCCUAACAUGAAUAAUGCAAAGCGUUUUGAAGAAAUAGCUACUACACCCUCAAAUUUUUCUUCCCAUUUUGAUGAAACUAUUUGUUGUACCACUACUACUAAUCAAAACAAUGUUACCAAUAUUGGAGCCACAUAUGCACCCAUAGUUUCCCCUCCUUUGAUUGAAGAGAAUGUCGAUGAAGUAUUUACGAAGCUGUCCCCAACAAUUCUCGAUCCUUGUUUAGGCCGAUAUAUUUACGUUUAUGAUCUUCCUAGUAGGUUCAAUAAGGAUUUGUUGAAAAGAUGCCACACUCUCUUGAAGUGGGAAGAUUUGUGUCUUUACUUAUCAAACUUAGGUUUAGGACCUAAGAUUAUUGAGGAAUCAAAAAAGAAGGUGCUAUCAAAGAAGAAUUGGUAUGCAACAAAUCAAUUUUCACUAGAAGUAAUUUUCCACAACUUGAUGAAACAUUACAAGUGUUUAACCAAUGAUUCAUCGUUGGCUUCAGCAAUUUAUGUACCAUACUAUGCUGGUCUUGAUAUAAGUCAAUAUCUUUGGGGAUUUAAUGUUUCAAUAAGAGAUGAAUCACCAAAAAAAUUAGUGAAAUGGUUAGCACAACAACCUCAAUGGAAAAGAGUAUAUGGUAAGGAUCAUUUCAUGGUUGGUGGAAGAAUAAGUUAUGAUUUUAGAAGAAGAAGUGAUGAAAAUGAAGAUUGGGGAACAAAGUUGAUGUUUUUACCGGAAGCAAGUAACAUGUCGAUGUUAUCAAUAGAAUCAUGUGGUUAUGAUAAUGAAUUUUCAAUUCCAUAUCCAACUUAUUUUCAUCCUACUAAUGAUGCUCAAAUUUUUGGGUGGCAAAGAAAAAUGAGAAAAAUGAAAAGGAAAUAUUUGUUUUCAUUUGUUGGUGCUCCAAGGCCUAAUGUAACAUCUUCUAUUAGGAAUGAGUUAAUCGAACAUUGCGAAUCUUCCAAGGGUUGCAAACUUGUUGGAUGCUAUUAUGGUUAUAACAAAGAUCGUUGUGGCGAUCCUGUUCAUGUUAUGGAUGUUUUUAGGAAUUCAGUUUUUUGUUUACAACCGCCGGGGGAUUCUUACACAAGGAGAUCAACUUUUGAUUCGAUUUUGGCGGGUUGUAUUCCUGUUUUCUUUCAUCCAAAAUCAACAUACAAGCAAUAUGUGUGGCAUUUUCCUACAAAUAGUUCCAACUACUCUGUGUUCCUACAUGAAAUUGAUGUCAAAGAGAAGAAGGUAAUGAUCAAUGAGACAUUGCUUAAUUUUUCAAAAAGGGAAGUGUUUGCUAUGAGAAAUGAGGUUAUAAGUCUAAUUCCAAGAAUUGUGUAUCGUUAUCCAAGUUCUAGAUUAGAAACACUUGAAGAUGCGUUUGAUGUAGCUGUUAAGGGAAUCCUUGGAAGAAUUGAAGCAAUGAGAAGAGAUUACAAAUGGUAACUAUUCUUAGCAUGCAGAAGUUGUUGCUCAUUAACAAUUGCAUUUGUUUUUGUGUAAUUUUAUCUUGAGAUUAGGCACACAUUCUUUUUGUA